AGCGGCUCCCCAGGCGGGUGGGGGCUGGCCCCGGUGAGGGGCUCCCGGGCGGCGAGGCGGGGCUGGCCCCUGGGGACGCCCCGGCCGGGGGUGCGGCUGAGCGGCGGCCCCGCCACGCGGAAGUGCCGGGCGGCUGCUGCCGAAGCCAGGAGCUCGGCGCGGCUGACAGCGGCCCCCGGGCAGCGACGGGAGCAGCCCGGCAGCGGGAUCCAGGAGCCUCCCGGCGCGGGAUACUGAAGUUAGAAAAAACCCCAACCUGAGUUUCAAGUUCCCCUCUCCAACAUCGAAUUCAAAGCCAGACCUCCAUGGGCUUCCAAGAAGUCUUGGGUCGCCUCUUCUCUCUUUCCUUUCUGUGAACCUACAUUAGGCUAGUGGCUGGCGUGGCCCUGCGGGCCCUGAGUCGCCAUGAACGCGCAUCCCCGUCGCAUCCGCCUGAAGCCCUGGCUCAUCGCCCAAGUGAACAGCAACCAGUACCCAGGCCUGCAGUGGGUGAACCCCGAGAGCAAGCUCUUCUGCAUCCCCUGGCGCCAUGCCACCCGGCAUGUCCCCACACAGGAUGACGAGAACACCGUGUUCAAGGCCUGGGCCAAGGAGACUGGCAAGUACAACGAAGGUGUAGAUGAGCCGGACCCAGCCAAGUGGAAAGCCAACCUGCGCUGUGCCCUCAACAAGAGCCGCGAGUUCAAGCUGAUCUAUGAUGGCACCAAGGACACGCCCAUGCAGCCCUACAAGAUCUACGAGGUGUGCGAGGGCCACCAGCCCAACGGAGACUCGCUGGCCGGGGAGGAUCACACCUGCUGCCUGGGCGAGGAGGAGGAGGAGCUGCAGAAAAUGACGACACUGACCAUAGCGGAUCGCAGCCAGGGUGUGGAGCCGCUCCCCUCCUACGUGUGGCCAAAGCAGGAAGUCCAGUAUCCCAACGCCUGCGGGAAUGGCUCCUUCCCCCCGCUGGGCACCCAGGAACUCCUCCACCCAGACGUGUCGGCGCCUCCACCACCCACCGCCGGCGCCUUCGCAGCCGGGGAGCUGCCCGCCCAGAACCCCGCCGGGGGCAUGCCGCUGGGGGGGCCAGGCAGCCUGCAGAACCUGCCCCCCGUGGACGUGUCUCUGCAGCCCAUGGAACAGUUCAUCCCCGACCUGCUCAUCAGCCCGCACAUGCUGCCAUUGACCGACUUGGAGAUCAAGUUCCACUACCGCGGUCGGCAGGCCAGCUCCCUGACCAUCAGCAACCCCCACGGGUGCCGGCUGUUCCACAGCAGCCUGGAGCCCACGCACGAGCAGGUGGAGCUCUUCGGGCCCGUGACGCUGGAGCAGGUGCGCUUCCCGAGCACCGAGCACAUCCCCCACGAGAAGCAGCGCUUCUACACCCACCAGCUGCUGGACGUCAUGGACCGGGGCCUCAUCCUGGAGCUGCAGGGCCAAGACAUCUACGCCGUCCGGCUGUGUCAGUGCAAGGUCUUCUGGACGGGGCCCUGUGCCGGCGAGCGGGCCGGCCCCAACCCCAUCGAGCGCGAGAGGAAGAUCAAACUCUUCAGCCUGGAGAGCUUCCUCAACGGGCUCAUCCUGUUCCAGAAGGGGCAGACCAGCACGCCGCCCCCCUUCGAAAUCUUCCUCUGCUUCGGAGAGGAGUGGCCAGACCAGAAGCCAAAGGAGAAGAAACUUAUCACUGUGCAGGUCGUGCCAGUGGCCGCCCGCAUCCUGCUGGAGAUGUUCUCUGGGGAGCUCUCCUGGUCGGCAGACAGCAUCCGCCUGCAGAUCUCCCAUCCGGACCUGAAAGACAAGAUGGUGGAGCAGUUCAAGGAACUGCAUCAGCUCUGGCAAAACCAGCAGAGCCUGCAGGCCCCCCCAGCCUCGACCCUGGAGCCAGGCCCGGGCCCUUGGGCAAUGCAGGCCAGCAGCAUGCAGCAGUGAGGACGUGGGCACGUCGCAGACACUCACCCGCUUCCCCUCCCUCCUGAUGGGUGCCCGUGUGAGCCUGGCUGUGCACACCAGCCCCGAGGAGGGGGAGAUGAGGCAAACUGAUCUCCGCUCCGUCAGCGCAGGCUGCCUGCCAACCUCCCAGCUACCAGCUGUGGACCCCAAAGGGGCAGGGGGGAGGGGGCCCUUCCUGCAUGGGAUGGAUGGAGGCCGGCCCACACCAUCGCCUGCUGGGAAUACACUAGGCUGUGGGCCAGGCCCCACCUUGCCAGAGCACUGCAGGGACAGGCAAUGCCUGCCAUGGAGGAAAGAGACUGGGUUAGACCCACAGCCCUGGGCAUUUAUGGAAACUCUGCCUGGGGGGGUGGGCAGCAGGUGCUGGGGCCUGCUGAAAGGACAGAGGCGAUGCUGCAUUCACAGGGUCCGGGAGCUGGAGUCACGGCCCCGGGAGCUGGCCUGUCACAGAAAUGCAGCAGGGGAAGUGCUCAGCUGUUAAUAAAAGCAACCACUUGCCUGCG